AUAUAGAAAAAUUAAAAAACGUCUAAGUGCGAAAAAAGGGAUUAGUUUACUGAAAGUAAAGCAUUCGGGCAAAAUUUUCUAUUAUAAGUGGAUACUUAUCGCCUUAUUAUAUCUAAAUUUUCAGAUAAGUGAAAAUUAUUUAUAUUAAAAAUAACCUCUCUAAAUCACUUCCGCAAAAUCCACGUUGCUUGCAGACAACUUCAAGACAGUGAGUAAGCGAGCCUUGACGGAGCGCGAAUGUCGCUUUCUAUCAUUUGAAGACUAUUUUCUUGAUCGUCGACUAGAAACUAAGCAAAAUUCUGGCAAAAUUGUGCGCGUUCGUGCCCGAUGUCUAGUGCUGAAGUCGCCGAUAAUUCCGUUGACCCCCCGGCGAAAAAGCGGAAGCUAAAUACAGGAGAAGCCCGUUCCAAAUCCUCAGCAAUGGCGAACAAUGGAACGCGUGUGGAGGAUGAAAUCGACGAGAGCCUGUACUCGCGCCAGCUUUACGUUUUGGGCCACGAUGCCAUGCGACGGAUGGCCAGCUCGGAUGUGCUCAUAUCGGGACUUGGUGGGUUAGGCGUAGAAGUCGCCAAGAAUGUGAUUUUAGGUGGCGUUAAAUCCGUCACUUUGCACGAUGAAAGAACGUGCACCGUUGCAGACUUAUCGUCUCAGUUUUAUCUGUCAGAGAGUGUGAUCGGUCAGAACCGUGCCCUGGCUUCGUGUGAGCAACUCUCAGAGCUUAAUCAUUACGUGCCGACGACGGCGUAUACGGGCCCGCUGACUGAGGAAUUCCUGAGGAAGUUCCGUGUGGUGGUGCUAACUGGUGCUUCGUGGGCGGAGCAGGAACGUAUCGCAGCUAUUACCCAUGCUAACAAUAUAGCCCUUGUCAUUGCAGACACUAGGGGCUUGUUCUCCCAAGUGUUCUGUGACUUUGGACCAGAGUUCACUGUGGUGGAUGUAACAGGCGAGAACCCCGUGUCUGCUAUGAUAGCAGACAUCACACAUGAGUAUGAAGCAGUGGUCACCUGCCUGGAUGACACUCGUCAUGGCCUGGAGGACGGGGACUAUGUCACAUUCAGUGAGGUUCAAGGCAUGACAGAGCUGAAUGGCUGCGAGCCACGGAAGAUCAAAGUCCUCGGCCCGUACACCUUCAGCAUUGGAGACACAACCAACUGCACCAAAUACGAACGUGGAGGCAUCGUCACACAAGUCAAGAUGCCAAAAAAACUCACAUUCAAACCGUUGAAGGACUCAUUCAAAUCCCCGGAAUUCGUAGUGACUGAUUUUGGAAAGUUUGAUUACCCCCAGCAGUUGCAUAUAGCGUUUGCAGCAUUGCACAAGUUUGAGUCCGGUGAGGGCAGGUUACCGAAGCCUUGGAGUACGGAGGAUGUGACCAAGUUCAUGGAUUAUGUGAAGCAGGUGGUUCAGGAGUGGACGCUGAAGAAUGGCGAGAUGGAAGUCAAUACGGAGCUGCUGGAGGUGUUCUGUAAGGUAUCAGCUGGAGAUCUGAACCCGAUGAACGCGGCCAUCGGCGGCGUGGUGGCCCAGGAGGUGAUGAAGGCCUGCUCCGGCAAGUUCCACCCAGUCAUGCAGUGGCUGUACCUUGACGCUGUCGAGUGCCUGCCCAAGGACCGCUCGGCUUUGAACGAGGAUGUCUGCAAGCCCAUCGGCUCCAGAUACGAUGGGCAGGUGGCGGUCUUUGGCAGGGACUUCCAGAAGAGACUCGGGCAGUUGAAAUACUUUAUUGUUGGCGCCGGCGCAAUCGGCUGCGAGCUCCUGAAGAACUUCGCGAUGAUCGGCGUGGGCGCCGGCGAGGGCCGCGUCACCGUCACCGACAUGGACCUCAUCGAGAAGUCCAACCUUAACCGGCAGUUCCUCUUCCGCCCGCACGAUGUCCAGAAACCCAAGUCUAGCACUGCUGCUAAGGUGAUCAAGCGCAUGAAUCCGUCAAUGAACGUGCUCGCCCAAGAGAACCGCGUGUGCCCGGAGACGGAGGCGGUGUACGACGACCAGUUCUUCGAGGAGCUGGACGGGGUGGCCAACGCGCUGGACAAUGUGGACGCGCGCAUCUACAUGGACCGCCGCUGCGUAUACUACAGGAAACCGUUGCUCGAGAGCGGCACUCUUGGGACCAAGGGGAAUACGCAGGUCGUAGUCCCCUUCCUGACCGAGUCAUACAGCUCAUCUCAGGACCCACCAGAGAAGUCCAUCCCAAUUUGCACCCUGAAGAACUUCCCCAACGCUAUCGAACACACACUGCAGUGGGCCCGUGAUGAGUUUGAAGGCCUGUUCCGACAGGCCGCCGAACACGCGGCCCAGUACCUGAGAGAUCCACAUUUCCUGGAGCGCACUAUGAAGCUGCCUGGUAGCCAGCCGCUAGAUGCCAUUGAGAGUGUGCGCAACGCAAUCAACGACCGCCCCCAAAACUUCGCGGACUGCGUCACGUGGGCCCGCCUGCACUGGGAGGCGCAGUACUCCAACCAGAUCAAGCAGCUGCUGUUCAACUUCCCCCCGGACCAGCAGACCACCAGCGGCGCCCCCUUCUGGUCCGGCCCCAAGCGCUGUCCGGACCCGCUCACCUUCGACCCCAAUGAUGAGCUGCAUCUGGACUACAUUGUCGCUGCAGCCAACCUGCGAGCCACCGUGUACGGCCUCCCGAACUGCGUAGACAGGGAAAGCAUUGCCAAGAUCGCUGCUAGUGUUCCGGUGCCAGAAUUCAGCCCGAAGUCGGGGAUAAAGAUCGCGGUGACAGACGCGCAGCUGCAACAGGGGAACGACGACAUGGACGCCGACCGCGUGCAGAACAUGAUCGCCGAGCUGCCGCCGCCCAGCAAGCUGGCCAACCUAACGAUCUCCCCUCUGGACUUCGAGAAAGACGACGACAGCAACUUCCACAUGGACUUCAUCGUGGCGGCGUCCAACCUGCGCGCUGCCAACUACAAGAUCCCGCCCGCCGACCGCCACCGCAGCAAGCUCAUCGCCGGCAAGAUCAUCCCCGCCAUCGCCACCACCACCAGCGUCGUCGCCGGCCUCGUCUGCCUCGAACUGUACAAGCUCGCUCAAGGCUUCAACACUUUGGAGGUCUUCAAGAACGGCUUCGUCAAUCUCGCUCUGCCCUUCUUCGGCUUCUCUGAGCCCAUCGCCGCCCCAACUAACACAUAUUACGAUAAAAAGUGGACCCUAUGGGACCGCUUCGAGGUCAAAGGCGAGAUCACGCUCCAGCAGUUCCUAGACUACUUCAAGAACGAGCACAAGCUGGAGAUCACGAUGUUGUCGCAGGGGGUGUGCAUGCUGUACUCGUUCUUCAUGCCGGCGCCGAAGCGGCAGGAGCGACUCAACCUGCCCAUGUCGGAGGUGGUCCAGAAAGUGUCCAAGAAGAAGCUCGAGCCGCACGUGAAGGCGCUCGUGUUCGAGCUGUGCUGCAACGACGACGACGGCAACGACGUGGAGGUGCCCUACGUCAAGUACACCCUGCCCUAGUGCCGCCCACGUCGUCAGAUCACGAGCCCAAAUUCCCGACAUCAAUCGACGAUGUGAAACGAGCAUUUUCAUGGCAUUUAAAGCAUAAUAGUUACCGUUACCAGUGAUGGUCCUACCAAUUUCGCAACGGAAAGGUGUUUUCGGAUGAGAUUGUCGAUGUGGAUUAGGUAUAAUAUUUGAUAAGCUCGUGAGUGCCUCUGAGUGCCCGCGCCGCGCCCGCGGCCGUGUGUACAGUGAUAGUGAAUACUGUGUGACGUUUUCCUUAUUUUGUGCUUUAGAACACGCUUUUAAACUUAUCGUCGUAUCCUAAACGUUCAUAUAUUUAUAGUAGAAUGGUUUGCUCACGUCUCAACGCGAACAGAAACGCGCUAGAUAUAUUUUUUUAUUUCGUCGAAUUACAUUGAUUUACACAAAAAUUGUAUCGGAUAUUUAUAAUGUUGAAAUCAGAUGGGUCUGUAUAUGAAAAGAAAAUAAAUAAAAUUUGAGCA